UUAGAAACAACCAGCAUACCAGAACAAAUGGCACCUAAGGAACAAGUUAAGUCUCUUUCUGCUCCAUUUUUGAACAAGAAAAGAAUGUCUGAAGUACCAGAAUCUAGCAGAAAAUCUCAUGGAGAUGACAUGCAUUCAAGUGCAGAAACGACUUUGAAAGAAAGUUGCAAAAAAACAUGGAUUGAGGAGGACAAGAAAGUCAACAACAAACCUAAAAUCAAGACGACUGAGUCAAAGCAAGUGUACUGUAAAAUUUGUAAAAAGGGAAAAAUUGCUCAUCAGACAAAAGACAACCUCCCAAAAGAUGACUUUAAAGAAUCAAUAGAAAUACUAGAAGCAUCUCCUACUUUGGCAAAAAACUUCAGAGAUUCUGUGGAAAAGAAGAAACAUAAACGCCCUCUCAGGGUAAAAGUUCUAAAGUCAUUUUCUGGGCAAACAGAACAUGAUCGGGAAAAUGCUGUUUUAAAGAAUUUAGAGAUGCCUUUCCAAGAAAAUGUUCCUGUGUUUUCUCCCAAUGUGUGCCCACAAAAAAGCACCCAGCAACUUAAGAAUGAUAAUGAGCCAGAAAUUCAGUGUACUUGCAAAGUAAAUGAAGAGGAUAUUGUUUAUGUUGCAAACAACCCUGAACUUAUAACUGCAAGAAAAAGUAAGGAGAAAACAAAGCAUAAAGCAAUCUCAUUUGAGAGUAGUCAUCACAAUGUCAGUAACUCUACAGAUGAGUUAAACCAUUGGAGACCCUCCCUAUGUUCAUCAAAAAUGUCCAUACCUUCAGCAUUAAGACAAUCUACACAAAGAUUGACAACUGAGUUGGGAAUACUGCAAGCAAAAUCCCUGACUUUGGAGAAAGAAAAAAUGCCACCAGAAAAAGAGAUGGAAGAAGAAAAGAAAAAGCAUCAAUACAAUAUAAUGGAAAUAUCUGAGGGAAAAGAUGGUGGUAACUUAAUUGACAACAGAACAGGUGGCAAAAUUAAUAAACGAUUUUCUAUGAAGAACCAUCAAAAUGGUAAAGAUGAGGAAAAUAAAAUUCCUAGGGAAGAAAUUCCGAUAAUGGAUAUUUCUUCCAAGGAAAAUUUACCUGUGCACCAUGUUUUAAAAGGGUAAGUUUGUCAAAAUAUUUAAAUGGAGAAUUAUUAUCAAAUGUUAACAUAUAUGAUAUAAUCAAUUUGCUCUACAAAUCCAGAUUCAGAUUCACUCUGCAUCCUCUUAUUUUUUGCCAAGAAAGA